GUGGGCGGAGCCUGGGCGGGAAUGCGCAACGCAAGCUCUCGGCGGGAGACUGAGGCCUGUAUGGCGCCGGCUCAGCAGUCUCGGGUUCUGCGGUGCUGCAGCUGCCACCUCUUUCAGGCGCAUCAGGUGAAAAAGAGUCUCAAAUGGACAUGCAAGGCUUGUGGAGAGAGGCAGUCCUUCGUGCGGGCUUACGGUGAAGGUUCUGGUGCUGAUUGUAGACGCCAUGUCCAAAAACUAAACCUGCUGCAGGGACAAGUUUCAGAGCUGUCACUCAGGUCUGUGGACAGAGCUGCAAAUGAAGAGGAAAAUGCAGGCCCUCAGCAGGCUGAGAACGGGAGUCAGCAGGCCCUGUCUGAGCCCCUGGAGUCCCGUUGGCUGAAGUAUCUGGACAAGGACUGUGAGGACCAGGAGCUGGACAGAGAAAGAGCAGCUCUUAAGACACAGCCCUCAGCCAGUGCUGAGUGGCCAGGUCUGCCCUGCAGUCCGGCCCGACCCAGGAAGAGGAAAUGGAAUCAGAGCACAGGGCAGCCUCCACGAAGUGUGCAUAUUCAGGACUUGGACAGUGUUAAGGACAACUUUAAAUGCCAGGACUCCGCUGGCCUGUUAGGGACAGAGCGACAAGGUGGCAGCUCUGCCCUCGGGGCUUCAACGCACAUCAGGGAGCUUGGUUUUCCUAGGUGGAAACUACCAAGUCCUGUCCUGCAAGUUAAGGCCCAAUCUUCUAAAUGGGCACGGUUUCUCCUGUCACCUGGGAACAGCACCCAGCUAGCUGACCCAGCACAAGCUGAGCAAGAGACCCUUGAGGCUAAGACUCCAGGGGAAGGCCACUUCAGCAGGGCCCCGGACACUGUCCAGCAUCCUCAAACCACUCACACUACCACACCCCAGCCAGAGAGGCCUGGCAGGAAGACCCCAGAGCAUCCAUGGGCUGUGGAGACUCCUCAAGCAGAUGGUAGGCCGUUGGCUCAAGGGGCGCAAAAGGCCCCAACGAUGCAACUGCACAACCUCUUUACAACUGGGGAGGACUUUGAGGAUGACCUGUAGCCUUCACUUCACCUGUAGCAUUCACUCAUGUGUAAUAAUGUCCUCCAUGCCAGAGGUGGGGGUGCUUUAGAACAAAUAACCCACAAUAAACAUGCCUGUCACAGUU